AGCUGCCGACCAGUCAGAGAGAGGAUGUGCGGUGGAGAAGGAGGCGGCUUGCGGGACAGAUUUUCGUUAUUCUGAAGUUUUGUUAGAAUUUCUUGGUUGUUUAAAAGCCAACGCACGUCCACUGCAAUGUCUGCCAAACACUGCUGUUCAUUAUUCGACACAUUUGCCACCGGAUAAUCCAGAGUUUGGGUUUGGAUUACACUGUCCCCGCUGUGUUUCUGUAAACGGGCAAAUCGACUCAGAGGAUCUGUCAGGACUUCAAGAUUAUUUCGCGAUUUGGUCUCUAUUUGGGGAGCUUGGUUUGACCAGCCGGUGCUGCAAGUAGUCUCACUGUGGACUAGAAGUGGAGUCUGGAGACGCACAUGUGUUAUCCUACUUCUACGAUUGGAACGCAUUGACCCCUCAGCACCAGCAGGAUAAAAGUUGUGUUUUUCUUUUAGGGAUUUCGUCUGAAACAUAACGAGAGAAGCAGGAACAUGUCGCUAAGCAGAAGUAUUGAAUUUGAACACUUUGAGGAACGAGAGAAGCCGCACCGGACACCGAGGACCAACUCUGGAUCCGGGUCCCAUUCAGGCAGCAGAGGCAACGGUCUGGUCCCUAGCCCUGCGCACAGUGCGCACUGUAGUUUCUACCGUACACGCACUCUGCAGUCCCUCACCUCCGAGAAAAAAGCCAAAAAAGUGCGCUUUUAUCGCAAUGGGGACAAAUAUUUCAAAGGACUGGUGUAUGCAGUGUCUCACGACCGGUUUAGGUCUCUGGAUGCUCUACUCAUGGAGCUCACAAGGUCCCUGUCAGACAAUGUCAACCUUCCUCAAGGAGUCCGGGUGUUAUACACGGUGGAUGGAGGCAGGAGGAUCACCAGUCUGGAUGAGUUAGUAGAGGGUGAGAGUUACGUGUGUGCCUCAAAUGAACCCUACAGACGUGUGGACUACACCAAGAAUGUCCAUCCCAACUGGGCGGUGGGCAGCAGGACUGGCACAUCCCGCUCCCUCUCCUCUCUAUUCCCGCUGAAGAAUGAGCUGCUGCGCGAGUCCAAGGAAUACAUCAAACCCAAACUUGUCACUGUCAUCCGCAGCGGAGUGAAACCCCGCAAGGCAGUCCGGAUACUCCUCAACAAGAAGACGGCACACUCCUUCGAGCAGGUGCUCACCGACAUCACGGACGCAAUCAAGUUGGACUCUGGAGCUGUGAGAAGACUGUACACUUUGGAGGGCAAGCAGAUAACCAGCCUGCAGGACUUCUUUGGGAACGAUGACGUGUUUAUAGCAUGUGGCCCAGAGAAGUACCGCUACGCCCAGGACGACUUUGUGUUGGAUCAGAGCGGUAAGGCUUCCACAGCCUUUAUGACUGAAUGCAGAGUGCUAAAGUCGUCACACAGCCGGUCUACUACUCCCAACCGGACGGCUAAGAGCCCGUCACGACGCAGCAAGUCCCCUGGUUCAGCAGCAAGACACACGGUCCACUACUCCACCAGCCAGUCCCCAAUCAAAUCCCCAGUGAAUGGCAUCUCAAGCAGUCAGAUCUCAACUCCAAAGUCCACCAAGUCCUCCACUCCGUCGCCCACCAGCCCCAGAACCAUCCCCAGCUUUAAAAUCCCUCCUUCACAUCACAUUUCUUUGCCAAAUGUAAAUGGCUCGUUGAACAACCACCAGGAGCAAGUCAGUCGACUAAGUCCAGAGAUUAAUGGCAACCUGCCUGCCUCCAUCAUCUCUGAAAAAUACAAGAUUGGCAAGGUCAUCGGAGAUGGCAACUUUGCUGUGGUCAAAGAGUGCGUGGAGAGGUCCACGGGAAAAGAAUUUGCACUGAAGAUCAUCGACAAGGCCAAGUGCAGCGGAAAGGAGCAUCUCAUAGAGAAUGAGGUCGCCGUGCUGCGGAGGGUCAAACAUCCCAACAUCAUCAUGUUGAUCGAGGAGGUGGACACUUCCUCUGAGCUCUACCUGGUGAUGGAGCUUGUCAAGGGAGGAGAUUUAUUCGAUGCCAUCACCUCCUCGGCCAAAUACACAGAGAGAGACGCCACCGUCAUGGUGUACAACCUCGCUGCAGCUCUGAAGUACCUGCACAGCAUGAAAAUUGUCCACAGAGACAUUAAACCAGAAAACCUGCUGGUGUUUGAGUAUCCAGAUGGCACCAAGUCCCUGAAACUGGGGGACUUUGGCCUGGCCACAGUGGUGGAAGGACCUUUAUACACUGUGUGUGGAACGCCUACAUAUGUGGCUCCAGAAAUCAUCUCAGAGUCUGGCUAUGGUCUGAAAGUGGACAUCUGGGCUGCAGGUGUCAUCACCUACAUCCUCCUGUGUGGCUUCCCUCCAUUUAGAAGUGAAAGUAACCUCCAAGAAGAUCUGUUUGACCAGAUUCUCCUGGGACAACUGUACUUUCCCAGUCCUUACUGGGACAACAUCACUGACUCAGCCAAGGGGCUGAUAUCAAAAAUGCUGACAGUGAACGCUGAGGCUCGAUACACAGCACAAGACAUCCUCUCCCACCCUUGGGUCACGGACGACGCCAUCAUGGAGAACAACAUGAAGAUGGAGGUCACAGGUAAACUGAAGACACACUUUGACACUGCCCCCAAGCACAACAACACCACAGCUGGGGUGUCGGUCAUUAUGAACACAGCUCUAGAUAAGGAGACCCUCCAGGUCACCAAUGGUCGCCAUCCAAGGCCUAAGAACAAGCCGUGUCCUCCGUCAUCAGCCAGUAAGAAAGUCCCCUCCACCCUCACAGCAAAGUCAGGAGCAGCUUCUCCAACCAAACGAACAUCACGUGAAAAAGAACCAAAACCUGCGGCAGAGACUGCUCUUCUGGGGGCACCUGAGACAGCAAAGAUGGCUGUGCCUCCCUCUGCUGUGCCUCCCUCUGCUCCUGUUAGUUUCUCUUCACUUCUCCCUUCACCUACUGCUGAAACGUUCCCCAUCACCUCUUUGUCUGUUUCCACUCUUUCUGAGUUAAAAACAUCACCAGCCACUCCUUACUUAUCUCUUGAGCCUCCCUCCCCCUCCACUCCUCCUGAACUUUUCACCCACUCAGCUCCUUCUGCACCUUCCUCUGGACCUUCCCCAUCAUCUCCAACCAAAGCAGACCUAACUCCCACCAAACAAGCUUAUCUUUCUCCUUCAUCUUCUCCAGCCAAACAGGCCUCAUCUUUAAUCCAACCAGAUUCUCCUUCUUCCUCUUCUCCCACCAAACUUGAUUCUCCUUCUCCCUCUUCUCCCACCAAACUUGAUUCUCCUUCUCCCUCUUCUCCCACCAAACUUGAUUCUCCUUCUCCCUCUUCUCCCACCAAACUUGAUACUUCUUCUCCCUCUUCUCCCACCAAACUUGAUUCUCCUUCUCCCUCUUCUCCCACCAAACUUGAUUCUCCUUCUCCCUCUUCUCCCACCAACUUGAUUCUCCUUCUCCCACCAAACUUGAUUCUCCUUCUCCCUCUUCUCCCAACAAACUUGAUUGUCCUUGUCCCUCUUCUCCCGCCAAACUUGAUUCUCCUCCUCCCUCUUCUCCCACCAAACUCGAUUCUCCUCCUCCCUCUUCUCCCACCAAACUCGAUUCUCCUUCUCCCUCUUCUCCUCUUAAAACUUGAUUCUCCUACUCCCUCUUCUCCCACCGCACUUGAUUCUCCUACUAAUCCAGCUCCUCUCUAUCCCUCCUCUCUGAACAAACCAGCUUCUCCUUCUCCAUCUUCUCCCUCUAAACCAUCUUCUCUUCCUCCUCCUUCUCCCACCCAAUCACCCACUCCUCCCCUCUGUCCCCCCUCCAUACCAGCAUCUCAUUCCCCCUCUUCUCCCAACAAGCAAGCCCCAUCGUCUCCUACCAUAGAGGCAACAUCCCCAUCUUUCUCUCCUACCAAACAAGGUUCUCCCUCCCCGCUCUCACCAAUCAAACCUGAAGUAUUCUUCCCUCUCUCUUCCCCGACCAAACAAGGACCCUCCUCCCCUUCUUCCAUCCAUCCUAUGCUGUUCCCCUCUCCCCCUUCUACUCCUCCUCGAUCCACGACCCCUCCCUCUCCCAGUCACUUCCCUGAUGAAGAUCUUAUGGAGCAGUUUUGAAAAGCAGAUUAAUUAUCUUGCCGGUUUCACCCCUCUCUUUCCUUCCCUCAACAUGUGGGUAUCAGAAAGCACAGGAAGAGUGGUCUGAUACUCCACUUCAAGCAUUUCCAGUAGCUGUAAACUGAGCCAGGGACCGCUGUGUCAACCUUUUCUCUUAUUCUCAUCCAACUCAUCUUCAGAGAAGGAAGAUUCAAGGCAUUUUCUAAGAGUGAAUCGACUGUAUAUACAGUAUGUUUGUAUUUAUUAAUGGAGGAUGUGGAGAAAGGGAAUGAACUGAAUACAUCACUAUUCUGAGUGCUUUGUUUUUGGAAGUCAUGCAUUAUGAGUCAUGUUACUGUGAAUUAUUUCUUUAAUUUAUUAUCUCAUGUUGACUGCCUGUGGCUGUAUUGUAAAUAGUUAUUCAUCACACACAUCCUGCGAACUUCUACUGCUUUAUCAAAGACACAGUGUGUCCAUCAUUCAAGUAUUUCAGCAUUUUAAACGCCUGCACUUGCUAGCUUAGCUACCUGCAGUAUUAACCAACGUUAACCACUACUAAUGUUUCCUCUGAACCAGCCUAUCCUGAUGGAAACUGCACAUCUACUGUUACACUCCAGAUUCUACUCAGUGUUACAAAAUAAAGGUAAAGUGGGUGACGAAAUAAACAUAGACCAAAGUAACGAAAGGCUAAAAAAAAAAAACUAGUAAGGGAGAUUGUGCAUUGAAGGCAUGCAUGUUAAAGUAAUAAAAUGUGAUGGCUUUCACAUUUUUCUUUAAGGGUCUGUUCAUCCAAAUUACAAAAAUAGUACAUAAAACUGUGAGUAGUUGUUUCUUUUUUUUGGCUUGUGACAUGUUAAUGUGUUGUCUAUUACGAAGGUUAUGGACUUUUGAACCAAAGAUGAAAAUUGUCAUAUUGAAAUACAUAUAAAGGCCUUUAGAUAUAUAAUAAUCGUUCAAUUCCUUCAAUUUGUGAGCAAAGGGAAACAUGAGAAAACAAAACAAAUUUGGAAAAUAAACCCACCUUUUUUUCACACCAUUUUUACUUUGUCGGAUCCAGAAUCAAAACUUAGAAACUUCUGCAACAUUCGUGUAGACAUGGAGAGAGCUUUGGGUUUGCAGGAAGUAGCCCCGACAGUAAAGGAGAGUUCUUGUUGAUUGUCUCUGUUUUGUUUUGUGAUAGACCCUUAGGAAAAGGACCAUAAUGCUUAUGUUCAAAUUGUGAAGGGUCACAAUGAAACUGUCACUGAAAAGAAAAUGCUUUACAAUAAUGUGUAUUUUCUUUUUUUAGUCCUGACCCUUCUCCGUCUCUCCCAAAAUGUAAAAAAAGCACCUGUAUUGAAACCAAAUAUCUAGAUGCUGUUAAAGUGAGUAAAAUGAUAGAUUUGACUUGGAUGAUCUGACCCUUUCAUGUGUAUCUGCCUUUUUGAUUCAGAUUUGUUCAAUUAUUUUGUUCACCCACUGUACCUCACUGACAUGUAUUCACACACUGUAUUCUUUGACGGGAACAUUAUAGUUGUAAAUAGUGUGAGGAACCUUAGCUGUCCACCUGGAACUUGAAAGUGUGUUUUUGCCUCCAUGUGUCUGAGCCGUUUUGACUGCUGAACAUAGAAACAGAGAAAAAAGAUCCAACAGAUAUGAAACCAAAUCGUAGCUUUGUUUCUUGUGAACUGCUUUAUGCUACAACCACAGCUCUAAGACUGGACAAACACUUACCUGUUAAUAUUACUCCCAUCGAUCAUGCCAAUCUGCAUGAAGGUAGUCAACACUUCUCCUUUAAAGUGUAAGGCAAACAGGUUUUGAUCUGUUGGAUUGAAAUGAAUGAAUGUGUUGUUAAGGUGAUGGGUUUGUGCCUGACCACUAGCUAACAGCUCAUAGCUUAAUGAUGCCUUUAUCAAACCAACUUGGCUAAAAAAAAUGUCAUGUUCCAUCCUUAAAAUAAGAGGCUUAUAUUUGUGUUGCACCUGUAUUUAACUCCAUAUUGUUUACCCCAGGCUGGUGUCAGCAGGACUUAAUCCUCUAUCCUCAGGACCUUAAAGCUGCAUGCAUACUCCUUCCCCCUUUAUUCCUUCCUCCUCCUCCUCGAACGACAAUUAUCUUAAACUCACAAAGUCAAGUUGGUACAUACUGUCCUUUAGCUUCCUUUUAUGUAUAUGUAGUUAAAGUAGGUUUUCAUAAGCAGUUUGUAAAGGGGGAUUUGUAUGAAAAGACAGUUUUAAAAAGGAUUCUCGUCUGUGUCAAACUGGGUUUUAUUAGGAAUAGAGAGGCUGCUUUAAUGACCCGCUGUUCUCAAACAGCAGUACAACAAAAAUAAAAAUGCAUUGAAAAACUUC